GUUAUCGACAUCCCGUAUUGCGGCGUGCGUGCUGUUGCGAUCAUGAGCACGCUUCGUUUGCAAAAACGCCUAGCAGCCAGCGUUCUAAAGUGUGGAAGGAAUAAGAUAUGGCUUGAUCCGAACGAGAACAAUGAGAUUGCCAACGCAAACUCUCGUCAAAACGUCCGCAAACUCAUCAAAGAUGGUCUGAUUAUUCGUAAGCAGCAGACUAUCCAUUCGCGUGCUCGUGUGCGUAAGAAUCUUGAGGCGAGACGAAAAGGUCGACACACGGGGAGAGGAAAGCGCAAGGGGACGGCUAACGCGCGUUUGCCACAGAAGGUGAUUUGGAUAAGGCGCAUGCGCGUCUUGAGGAGGCUGUUGAGAAAGUACAGAGAGUCGAAGAAGAUUGACUCGCACUUAUACCACGAUUUGUACCUGAAAUGCAAGGGUAAUGUGUUUAAGAACAAGCGUGUGCUGAUGGAGUACAUUCAUAAGAAGAAGGCAGAACAAGCAAGAACCAAACUGUUGGCUGAUCAGGCUGAGGUUCGUCGAGCGAAGACCAAGGCAGCUCGCCAGCGACGAGAAGAACGUCUGGAGAAGAAACGGAAAGAAUUGCAAGAUGCUUACAGUCGUGACGAGCAGCCAGCAGCUCCUAAAUCAAAGUGACAAUCGCUAGUGUAGUGUCACUGGUACCUCUCUUGUAACACAUGAAUAGAAACUAAGAAUCAAAU